AGCUCCCCCUCCUUCACUGCCGCCGGUGACUCCCAGGCUCUGGCGGAGAGAGGCCGCCUGAUAUCCUCGCUCGCAGGCCGGAGCUAGCACACCGAAACCGGCUGAGGAGGAGGAGCCACCCCGCGGGCAGGAUAGAAGCGCAGCUCCGGAGACGCCUAAGACGUUCCUUGACAUCUCUGACCUGUGAAUGUGAUCUGUAGGCAGGAGGCGACGGGCGGAUUCUUAGUGUUGGCUGCAUGACAGCUGCUAUCAGAACGGGUCCCCUCCAUUCCAUCCUACUGGCUGCACCUAGAGCAUCCUUCAGCAAGAGGGAGCAGGGCAAGGGGGUAUGAACCGUGAGGGGGCCCCCGGGAAGAGUCCGGAAGAGAUGUAUGUUCAGCAGAAGGUGCGCGUCUUACUUAUGCUGCGGAAGAUGGGCUCUAAUUUGACGCCCAGUGAAGAGGCCUUCCUGCGGUCAUACGCUGGAGUCGUUAAUAGUCAGCUUAGUCAACUGCCUCAGCACUCGAUUGAUCAAGGUGCCGAGGAUGUGGUGAUGGCAUUCUCCAGGUCAGAGGCAGAAGAUCGAAGGCAGUAACCUCCCUGCAGCCAUUGCCAAAUCCCAGACCACAGAUGGGAGAAGCAGAGGCACCCUGGCGUUUCCCCUGACUCCUUCUCCCACUGUCCCCAUGUUUUUACUGUCUCCCCAAAUUUCUAAUGAUUUGAUUUCAUUUCAUCCUUCUACUUUUGAGACUCUCCCCAUUUGGCUGCUGACUUCUGUAUUUCUUCAAACCAACAAAAUGGCGGCCUGCCACACGGAGAGCGGACUCCUUUCGCCAGCAGAAGCCGUUUCUUAUUGCCCCUAACUUAUGUUGAAUUUGUCAUCACUCCUGUUUCUAAGAUGAGACAUUUGUCCACACUCCUGACUGAUAUCCGCAGCAGUAAGACAGGAAGCGCGUUUGGGAUGGUGGCUCAUGAGGUCUGUGCUCUCCAUUGGAUAUGCUUGUACAGACUUUUAGGUUUAUAUUGUAAUUUGUUUUAGGUUUUUUGUUUUUUUUUAAUUAUUGAUGUCAGCGCUUUGGCUGUUACACUGUGUUUUGACUUGAAAGAAGUAAGCUUUUGCAGUAUUUAUUACCAGUGUGGAGGGGGCGAUGUCUGUGCUUCUGUCUUGAUUUUUUUUUUUUUUUAUAUAUAUUUUACUUUAGAAGCACAAAAAAAAAAUAUAAGAAUUGAUUCGUUCUUCUUUUUUUUAAAUCAGAGGCCCAUCAGGCUGCUUCAUUUUAUUGUUAUAAUUUUUUUUUUAUGUAUGUUGGUAUAUUACUACAUAAUUUUGAGCCAUACAUGUAGUCAAAUCUGUCAGGUCAGACAGCAGUAUCCUAUAAGUAUCUCAGCUGAACUAGUAUUGAGUUUGUUUGAAAUUAGUGGUCUCACUGAGGCAUGAAGAAAAAUGUGCCUCCUGCUUCAUUUAACACUGCUGGAUCCAUGUCGGUGUUUAGGCUGCAUUCAUUCUCCCCACAUUCUAGGAAUGAACUCCAUAUAUUGACAGUCUUUAUCAGUGACCUGAAGUUCUACAAAAUGUUAACAUUAUGGCCCAGAGUUACUAAUUCUAAAGAUGGCAUAAACUUUACCCAGGCCAUCUAGACCUGCACCAGAUUCAUCACAGGGGCUCAGCCUGGAUGAUGGAUGUGCUGCAGGGAGAUACACUUUUCUCUGACUCUGUACUAACUAUUGGCUAGCUUACUUUGAGCCAGAUUUCUUUCCCCCCCCCCCCCAGAAUUGCUCUAGCGCAUCUUGGGCUGCGGCUCUUUCCCAUGAAGCUCCACCUACUUUGUGCUAAGCCCUGCCCACUUGUUGAGCAUGUCAUAGAAAGUGUAGAGACCCUAGAUGCGCCAAUUUUCUCCAAUUUGCACCACUUUUUAAGACAGAUUUUUGGCGCAGAUACAUUAGUAAAUCUAUGUAUGUAUCUAUGUAUAAUUGUCCUGGCUUCUUUAAGAGAGUGAAUAAAAUUGACCAUAGUCUUUAAAGGGGUUGUGUCACUUCAGCAAAUGUCAUUUAUCAUGUAGACAAAGUUUAUACAAAGCACUUACUAAUGUAUUGUGAUUCUCCAUAUUGCCUCCUUUGCUGGCUUGAUUCAUUUUUCUAUCACAUUAUACACGGAUUGUAUCCAGGGGUUACGACCACCGCUGCAGCGCAGAUGGCCGGGACAGGAGCUGCUACGCAUGUGUGCCUAUGCAUGCUUCCAUGGCACCGGCCUCUGGGCCUUUUUCCUAUAGUGUGCAAGAACGGCCACGGCUGCUUCUCGUUUUCAGGGUGGACGUGACCCCUGGAAUCAAGCAGUGUAUAAUGAGAUUGAAAAAUGAAUCCAGCCAGCAAAGGAGGCAAUAUGGACACUCGCAAUACAUUAGUAAGUGCCUUGUAUUAACUUUCUCUACAUGACAAAUGCCAUUUGCUGAAGUGACACAACCCCUUUAAGAAGAGAAAAGGCAAGAUAAUGGACAGCCAUACGGACGUUUCCGACUUGUAACCUGUAAUGCUGCCUAGCUGUAUAUGCCUUUGUGGCGUCCUGCACUAAUAACUUUACCUAAUUAUUAACACAAACCCUGAGUUGAUAAAUCUGCAUACAGCUGGGAGCCUUCCGGCUGUUGGACCUCAUGUUCAUGACGCAUACCUUUAUAGUUCUACUGUUAUAAUACUGCCCUCCAUAUUAUUUUCUCCUAUAUAUGACUUGCCCACAUGAGCCUUUUAUUUUAUAUUUGCCUCGAAAAAGAAAUCCUGGUAGAAACCUCUAAAAGGAAUGUCUGAUGUUGCAAACCUCCCGCACACAGCAAUGUUUCUUACCAGAGAUGGCGGUGUAUGACAAUGUGUUCAGAUGAUUUAUGUUCUGAUAUGUAACUGGAUUUGUUGUUUACAAGUUUCCUAAUGCGAUAUGACAUAAAGUAAUGUGCAAACUG